CUGAACUGCGUGCCACUGCUGUCAGCAUCUGCUGUCUGUAUGCUGAGAAGUCAGAUUAACUUGGGCAACAUCUGACUGCUGUGUUCUGUGGGAGCUAACAUGGGUCACCGCAGCUCCAGGCUCAUUGAGAAUAACUGUAUGAUGUUCUCCAGGAGAAGAAGGACUGAUGAGGAUGUUGCUGCUCUGUCUGAGCUGAAGAAGAAGUUUUGUAAAGUUAUCAGAACUUUACCUCAUGAAGAUCUCCUCACCCUCACUGAGUACUACAAGGCCCAGCUGGCAUAUGUGAUGACAUACGACAUCACCAGCAUCCUGCAGAACCUAGCCACCAAGCAUAUCCUCACCAAUGACGAGGCCAAGAGAUUCAAAUCUAAAGAAAAAUCUGAAGGGGGUGUGGAAGCCUUCAUCAAUGAUAUGAUGAAGAAGGACAGAGCAUUGCUCAGCCUAUGGGUUGGGCUAGCUGAAGAACUUGUGCGAUUUCCAUCACCAAACCUAACCAGAAUACUAGAGGAGGUGACACAAGGGGGACUGGAGCUUUCAAAGGACAUUCAAGAUAGUCUCAAGGCCCCCCUCAGUGAGCCUCAUUUUAAUGGUCUCCAGGACAUGCACAGAACCUUACUGUUUGAAUCUGCAAAGAAUCUGAAGGCGCAGCCUUCACUUGGAGUGCCACUGGUUAUGGAUGUAAUCUUUGAGACCCGUUACACAGAGCUGAUGGUCAUUAAUCAGUACAGAAGGACCCAAAUUGAGACUCAGUAUGAACUUGGGAAGACUGGAAGGACACAUGCAGAGCUGGUUGAGGAGCGAGCAAAAGAGAAAUGUGAGCGAAUCUGGACUGAGCAACUUUUCAGAAGGUGUCCCAGAAGUAGGACUGCCCCGAAGGUAGUGGUGGUCAGUGGAAUGGCUGGAAUUGGGAAAACCACAAUGGUACAGAAGAUUAUCCUUGACUGGGCCAGAGGCUCUCAGUACAGAGGGUUUGCAUUUGUGUUCCUGUUUAAGUUCAGGGAUCUAAACAUCCUAGAGGAGAAGGAGCCACAGAUGCCUCUGACCAGGUUGAUUGUGAGGCAUUAUGAACAUCUCAAUGAUGCAAGACAGACACUAAGAGAAAUCCUUCAGAAGCCUGAGUCUCUCCUGUUUAUAUUUGAUGGACUGGAUGAGUACAAGCACAACCUUGACUUUACACAGGGACGGCUCUGCUCAAAUCCAGAGGACUACUUUCCCAUUCAUAUUCUGGUCACCAGCUUGGUCAGCAGGACAUUGCUGAAGGGUUGUUCAGUCCUGAUCACAAGCAGACCAACCGCUCUGGAGCCCCUAGAUAUGGACAGAGUUGAUCGACACACAGAGAUUCUGGGUUUCUUCCCUGAACAAAGACUGACGUACUUUAAGAAGUUCUUUGGUGAUGCCGAUCUGGGCAUGGAAGCUUUUCAGUAUGUUGAGGAGAAUGCCAUUCUCUACACCUUAUGCUUCAAUCCCUCUUACUGCUGGAUUAUCUGCUCACUGUUGAAGAGCCACUUCAGUACACCCAAAGAAGAGCAUAAAGCAGCACCCAGAACUGUCACAGAGCUCUUUGUCAUGUUCCUUUACCAUAUCCUCACCAAUCACAAACGAGACGCUGAUGACAAGAGGGGGAUUUUGGUGAAACUGGGAAAGAUGGCUUAUUAUGGGGUAGCCAAUAGGUUUCUGGUGUUUUAUGAGAAACAAGAGAUGUUCACCUUUGGUCUCCAGCCAGUUUUGCCAUCCGCAUUCCUCUCUGGGUUCCUGAAAGAAAUCCUGCAGAGAGAGAGCGCCCUUGAGUACACAACGUACACUUUCUUCCACCUCAUCUUGCAGGAGUUCAUUGCUGCCUGCUCCUUCUUCCUCGACCCAUGUGGGGAUAUUGAUGAGCUACUCAGCAGGCUGGAUUCCUGUGAAGAUUGCAGAUUUGAGAUUUUCACACAGUUCCUGGCAGGUUUUGCUAGGCCAUCUGUGUUUAAAGCACUAGAGGGAAUCCUAGGAGAAUUAGAGAGAAAGCCAGCAGCGCGGGUCCUGGAUUGGGUGAAGCAGAAAGCUGAACGGGCUCUACGAGGUGGAGAUAAAACUGAAGCUCUGCGAGUUUUACACUGGCUCUUUGAAACCCAGAAUAAAAAAUUAAUACGAGACUCAAUUGGCAAAGAUUUAAAUCUGAAUCUUAGUACAAUAAACAUGUCUCCUCUGGACUGUGCAGUGCUCGGCUCAGUCAUCAGCUGUUGUGGAGAACUUGAGGUUCUUAAUCUUUCAUACAUACAUCUCAGUCCUGAGUGCAUCAAGAGGCUGGUGCCGGGUCUCAUUUGCUGCAGACGUGUCAAGCUUCAGUCAUGUGGUCUCAUAUCUGAAUGUUGUGAGGCUCUUUUCUUGGCUCUGUGUGCUAAACGCUCACACCUAACUGAGCUGCUGCUGGGAAACAAUCAACUGGAGGAUUCAGGAGUGCGUCUCCUCUGUGAAGGGCUGAGGAAUCGUUACUGUCAUUUACAAAAACUGAGUCUGGCAUCAUGUAUUCUCACAGCUGGAUGUUGUGAAGCUCUCUCCAAGACACUCUGUGCAAAACACUUACACCUAACUGAGUUAGAGUUAGGAAAUGUUAAACUGGGGGACUCUGGAGUGCAUCUGCUUUCUAAGGGGCUCAAGAACCCAAACUGUAAAUUAGAGAAACUGAGGCUGUGGUCCUGUGCUCUUACCUCAGGUUGCUGUGAGGCAUUGUCCUUAGCUCUCUGUGCACAAAACUCUCACUUGACUGAACUGGAGCUGGGAAACAACCUCCUGAAGGAUUCAGGAGUACUUCUAUUGGCUGAGGGACUAAGAAACACAAACUGCAAAUUGGAGAAACUGAAGCUGGACUCGUGUGAUCUCACAUCCAGAUGUUGUGUGGCUCUCUCCUCUGCUAUCUGUGCCGACCACUCAAAUCUGACUGAGCUGAGCUUGAGAAUCAAUAAUUUGGGCGAUUCAGGAGUGCGCCUGCUAUACAAGGGGCUGAGAAGCACAAACUGCAAAUUAGAGAUUCUGAGACUGGAUGAUAAUGGGAUCAGCAAUGAUGAAAAGAAGAACCUGAAGUCACUACAGUCUGCAUUAAAACAAUCUGGACGAUGUGUGGACAUCAGUGUCUGGGAGCGCCAGCUGUCAUCCUUCUGACUGUCUUUGUUUUCAGUUGGUGCUCCAAAACCAGACUGGUAACUUGCCUCAGGCUGCACAACAGAAUAUAAGAAGGAUGGAACCCAAGGGCAUUUUGGAAGAAAUCUCCCAGAAAUCACCUGAGGAAACGAGGAGGACUGGGAAACCUUAUUAUUAGCUGUACUAACUGUAUCAACUAUGCCAAGUGGAGGGUGGGCAACCAGCUGGCCAAGGUCAUUCUGACUUUCAUAAUGCAAAAACUAAUUACCAUCAGACUUAAUUAACUGAUUUGCUCGUUUCUGUCUUCCAAUUGUGGCCCUCCAGAGGUUUAUUUUUCUCCUAUGGCCUAUCGUAAGAGUUUUUUGUUUCCUCUCCUCCAUGUCAGCUGGUCAAACAAUCACAUUCAGGAAUCAAGAACUUCACCUACAUCCUAAAUCAACGGAAAGCGCUAUGGACUGUUUUACUGGACUUUUUAUUUUUUCAUAAAUUUUAUUAACAUCAGACUUAUACUGUAUAUAUUUAUUUUUCUAAAUAUAUUAAUUUGAUCUGGUUGUUGUAUUGUAAUCCUUAAUGCAGUGGUUCUCAACCUGUGGGCGGGGCCCCCUAGGGGGAUGCGAAGUAACAAAAAGGGG